AUGCCCUGUCGGGAUCCAGCGCACAGCAGCGGCGUCGGCUCUAGUGGCAACAGCUCUAGUGGCAACAGGAAGAGAAUAAACAUCAGCCUUUCCAGUGGUGACCUUAUUCUGGAGGACUUGGAAACAGAAGGGAGGCAGCUGAGAAGCCUCCUUCACCAUCAGCUUGAUACUUCUAUAUCCGUAGAGGAGUGUGUAUCCAAGAAACAAUCCUUUGCCCCUGCUGCAGUGUAUGAGCCCUUUGGGAAGGAGGCAGCUGGGACUUUGAGCUUGUCCCAGGUUUAAGCACUACAAAAGAGUGAUCAGACAAUCACAUCUCUGAGGGACUUGGGACUUAACCAUAGAGAGAUUGUGCUGUGGAAGAACCGAGCUUCAUCCCACAGGGGUACAGGGCUGGGAGCAGCCCCUGAAGCAACACAGGACCAUCUUCCUGAUGUUGAAGAGAAUGUGGCCUUGCCACAGAGGUUUUCAGGGAGUAAACAACUGAGCCCGGGAGAGAUGGAAAUAGAAAAGGCUUUGUUUCAGGGGAAUGAUCGCCAUUCCUUCCUGAGGGCUCUCUAUUACCAAGGUGAAUCCUAUAAGAGACUAGAGGCUGAGAAGGACCCCAUUAAUAAUCUGGAGACUAUUUACCAAGAGAUGCUGGCCAAACCACAUCCGGAAGAGGCUCAGCUUAUGAGAAGCGAACCCUUUGCUUCCCCCUCACUGGACCCAGAUGCAUUAGUGGACACUAGUAUUACAGCUAAGAACCUGUCAGUACUUCAGGAUCAGGGAAACCAGGUGGCACAGGCUGAGGGGCCUAGCCUCCCUGUGGAAUCUGAGUCUCAGCAAUGUCUUACGGGGUCCAAGAAGGGGACAGAACUAGUGGAGUUUGUCACAGAAGAUGAGAUCAAUAGAAAUCAUCCAUCGGAGGAGAACAUCCAUAAAAUUCCUAUGUUUGCUUCAUACAGUCCUGGAGAGCCGAACAAGGUAUUGUAUUUGAAGAACCUCAGUCCUUGGGUGACUGAGAAGGAACUUGUCUCCUUGUUUGCCUGGUUCCAGGAGAAAAAAGGACCCCCGACUCAAUUCCAAGUAUUGAUUGGCCUCAUGAAGGGCCAGGCCUUCAUCACCUUCCCCAAUAUGUAGAUGGCCCAGCAAGCAUUGCUGCUGCUGAAUGGAUACAACCUACUGGGGAAGACACUGGUGAUAGAGUUUGGGAAGAACAAAACUCAGAUGUUGGGGCUUCAGUCAGCCUUUCCCAUCCCAUGUGCAACAGAUAGCAUGACAGAUAGGAUGGGAACUAAAAGAGAAAUGGACCAGACUCCUUGUGUUCUCACUUGUAUUUGCCACUCACUUCUAGGGUCUCUAUAUAAUGAACCACCUCAUAGGAGAUAG